AUGGACGUAGAGCAUCAAACAUCGAUAGUAGGUGAGGUGAUUGGACUUCAAAGUGCGCUCAUUCGUAAGAAUUUUAAACUGACAGGCUACGGAAGUUUUUCUACGUAGUGAGUUUAAAAGUUUGGAGUCCUUAAAGGGUUUUACUUUUAAUUAAAAUCCCAUUAGCUGGAAGACGAUACAAGGGUAUACCUAUGUUUUCUCUUCAAAAAUGUAGACUUUAUCUUUAUUUUUUCAUGGUGGUAGCCCGCUUGAUUUUAGUAUUUUUAAAUACGCCAGUGGAGAAACUAAUUUUUUUCUCAAUGAUUUCCACGGAAGCAAAGAUUUCUUUAAACAGAUUAUUUCUGUCGUUUAGUAAACCUGGAAUUACUUCGUACGUCGCCAACUGAAAAUGGUUUCUCUUAUUUUACAAACUCGUGUCCCGUGAGUUAGUUCUUAUGACUUUUUUCAUUGUUUUUGUCUUGACUAUUACAUUCGUUAGAAGACCACGAAAUGGAUCGUGAAAACCCGUCGCCGAAGAAACUGGAAUCAGUGGAACGCAAGCCCGAAGUUCUUUGUAAAGUUUGCGGAGAUAUUUCUUCUGGUCGUCAUUAUGGAGUCUACACGUGUGAUGGAUGUAGCGGGUUCUUCAUGCGUAGCGUAAGGAGAGAUAUGGUCUAUUCCUGCAAAGGGAAUGGAAAUUGUGUCGUAGAUAAAAAGAGACGAAAUCAGUGCCAAGCAUGCCGCUUUCAAAAAUGUCUUGAUGUCAAGAUGAACCGAUUCGGUAAGUGAGAAAGUUAGUCUUAAAGUUACUUUUCGAUCAUCGACAGGCGUACGCUCUUCCUCACACCCCGCGACAGACUCGCCGGGAAAAUGUAAUUAAAACACGACCCUGAUCAUAGAAUUUGUUUUGGUUUUUGUCACAUAUCUUAACAGAGAAGCUUAACCUAAUUCCGGGGUAACAUUGUUGAAUAAUCGAUGAACACAACGCUUUGCCAAGCUUUUUGUCCUCAAUUUUCAAACCCAUGUAUUAUGACUGAAAAGAGGGCGGAAUUCUUUUAAAAUAUGACACCCUUUUCACUGGAGCCAUUUAAAAAGAAGAAUUCUUUUCUUGGUAUGAGAGGUAAAGCAAAAUGUCCUUCUCCUGAGUGAAAAAAAAAUUAAAAUUUAAUUCGGUGACAGAAUGUUUACUUCGCAUCAUCCAAAACGUUAAAAUUGAAGAAUUUUGUUGAAAAGUCCUAAAAGUCGAGUUUGAGGACUGCCCCUGAAUAGUUUAAAGUUGAAACUCUUGAGCGACGCAAAUCCUUAUCACAAUUUAUACGAUGUUUGGUAUUUUGGAAUUCUCUUUAAUUUGACGACAUGAUACGUAUUUUGAAAAUGAUAUUUUGAUACUCUGGUGGAGGGACAUUGUUCCCUAAAUACAUUGAAUUUCGAAGACAGCAAUUAGUUCCAAUUAAUCUUUAUAAUAAAAAGGAAACGUCAAACUUUCGUCCAAUUUUUCACGGACAACAAAUCACUGUGUAUUUUCGCAAGCUGCGGUCGUAGAACUUUCGCAAUUAAACUUUAUUUAUUCAGUGCUGUGCCCGCGCAAUGCUCUAAGAAAUUAGAGUUUCCCGACAAAAUGGUAAAUAAAUGUGUCCUAAUGAAAAGCUAGCAUGAUAUCGCGGGAAGAUUAGAAAAACAGUAAAUUGUCCGAAGUGAUAAUCAGUGAACCAUGACCGAAAACAGCAUAUGUCGUCCUAAUGAGUACAGGUGAAAAAACCUUUUCAACUGCUGAAAAAAAAAACAUUUGGCGGCAGCUUUGAGGAAAAGUUUACAUCCUGUAAAAUGAAAUUAUUUGGAGUUUUAGCAACAUUUGAUGAACAACAACUUACAUUUUGGCUUCUAAAGGAAAGGCACGAGACUGGGUACAUUGUGAUACUAACUGAAACAGCUUUCCGCAGGUGAUGUAAAGGGAUUAGCCGGGAGGAAAUUUUUCUAUUCAUUAGAAAAUCUGUGCUGUAUUCUUCUUUUGAAAUGUAACUCGCCUUCAUUCUUCUCUAAACAAUAAAAUAAGUUUUCUGCAAGGAAACAAAUGCACCUAUUGUAUGAGCUAUAUACAAUAUCUCACUGAAAACUUUCUGCUAAAUUGACGGACUACAUGGAGGACAUCACUAUUUUAAGCUUAAAAAAGAUCCUUGUUUGACAUUGGCGCAUAGAACCAAAGGAAAUUACUUUUCCUAAGGUAGAGGAAAACACCGGUGUUAACACGAUUAUGGUUUAUUUGAAAUAUAGGCAAUUUAGUAGCUCCACGCCGCUUGUUUUGAAUAGAUUAAUAUAGAUAGUGAUACGCUAUUGUAAUACUGGGGGCAGCAGCGAGAACUGGAUGAUAAAACAAACAAAAACGCGUGGCCUUCGCUAAACAUUAAAACGCCUUUCUUUUGACGUUUUUCUCAUUUAAAGAGCUUAAGAAACCACAGUUUUUUAUUAUAAUCCUUCCUUUACCUUGCGUUUUCUACAUACAAUUAUUUUUAUGUUUUUCAGUGUUUCUCAGGGAGAAAAAAUAGAGCUUUGUUCAACAAAAGGACUGUUUAUGAAAUGGGAAAGCCAGACCUGUGUUUAAGACACAUCUUUUGUGGUAUCUUAGCAUUUCUUUUAAACAAUGAUAUUACAUUUCUGGGCAGUACUCUUUCGUUGUCUUGAAUUAGGCAAUGCCAAAAAAAAAACUUUAUUAUAAACAGGUUGGAUUGUUAUGUAACGGGAUCCUACAGAACUCGUAAAAUAAUUUUCAAAUUAUUGUGAAAACUUGCCACAAACUUGUCUUGAGUAAAGUCAAUAUGGAAUUAUUUGUCCAGUAACCGCUAAAUGAAGAAAUAUUUUCAUCUCAUAUGGAUAAAUUUCACUGAUUUAAAGCAAGCAGGAGGCCACUCUGCUAAAAUUAUCUUUAAAAGCCACAGAUAGAUUACAGUGAGAAAAAAUGAUUUCAAAAAUUUUUCAAGUUUAAUGAGUUAAAAAUGUUAGGAAUCUUCCGUGUUAUGCUACAACCCUUUUAUAUCGACCAUUGGGGUGAAACUUUUCAUGAAAAUAAAAAAAAAAAGAAUUAAAAAUAGAGGCCGGAUGAUUUAAUUUGGAUUUUAUCCAGGAAGCCUACAUUUCCACUGCAUUUCGAACAAGCCUUAUAAACUUAAAUACUCUGAAGAGCUGUUGUCGAAAAGCGAGAAGAUCUAAUUAGCAAACAAACGUUGACCAAAACAUUUUUCGGGAGAACAGUCUCUAAAAGUCUUAGGGCAUCUUUUGGAUUGUAACGGCAAAACAGAAGAGUGGUUUUGAGAUUCAGCAGUGAUAUGAAGAAAGUUAUAAUCAAGCAGAAAACAGUAAGUUAGGGGAAGCGUUAUUACAUGCAAUGUUGCACUUCAACUAAAAGUAAUGAUGAAGUGGUUAAAAAGCUUUGCAGUAAAAUUUAUCGAAGAAAAGUGAAGUAAAAAAGUUCCGGCUUUGAAAGCAAGAAGCGACCACUGUGUGGUAAAAUAGGUUUUUUGUAAGUUUCUAAGACUGGCUUUUGUUUUUUCUUUUUAUAUAACAGGCAUUUUUGCCAAGGUGACGACUUAUAGGCUUUGUAUGACAGGGUAUUUGAAAUUAUUUUAUAGAGAAAAGACGUCAACGGAAUUAUUUUACAGAGCGUUUGUAUUAUGAUUGAAUAAAAAGGGCGAGAAUUGAAUUCAUGUAGCAGGUUUGGGUUUGCAACGUUCGUCUUGCGUUUCAUAGCUUGUACCCAAAAAAAGAAAAGGUCGGAAUGUUUCAGCCAGUAACGGAACUUGACAAGUGAAAACGAAAAUUAAAUUUCACAGGGUCAUAGGCAAGUACAACCUAAACUGACCCUAAAUACUCAAAAAGUCUAACUGAUAGCUGAAUCACUUCUCUCUCGCAUUUAAACCGUCUUAGGAAGUAAGCAGUGAAGUUUCUAACUAAAGAUUCUGUUUAUCCAAUCUUAUUAACGUAGAAAACAAAGAAUUCAAGAUCAACUGUAGGAGAAAAGACGGAUUUUCGAUUCAUUGUGUAAUAAAUUUUAAUAGCUUUGUCCUUAAACUGCGUGUGGGCAAAAACAGACAGUCUGGGGUUUCUCAUUCCUUUCAGUUUAUCAAGGAACAAAAUUGUUCCCUCUUUGCAUCUCGCUUUCUAACUAUUGCAUUUAGCUUUGUUGAGUAAAGUAUGCAAUCUGUAUUGCAUCUAAUCAAUAACUUUCAUAUUUAAAUUCGAAAGUAAUCCAGGAAGAAACUUCCUUAGUUCUCCAAGGGAUCUUUUGUAAGAAACAAUGGUGAAAUACAAUUACCUAAAAGUACUAUCAGUGAAACUUAUGCAUUAAUAAAACAUCACGUACCCGCCUUCGUAGACAAAAUUUUGCUCCUAGGUAUUCUAAAUAUUCUAUUCAAUAAUUUAGAAAUCGCGGUUUGAAAUAGCCUUAAUAGAGCUGUCCAAUAUUGAAAAACAUUCUACUUUUGAAAUAGUGGUUUUCUUAUUGCCACUGGCUCCUUCGAAUAGGGUUAACAGUCCUGAAACAGUUUCAUUGCGAUAACAACACUUUAAUUUUAUUUAGACCUAGUGUUGUUCGGUUCUUGCUUGUCACUAACAUAAUCAGCAUUUGAUAACGCCCUCUGAAUAAAGUUUUAUCAUUAAAGAGAGCUUUCUGACUUAACUUUUUGUCUCAAACUGUCCAGCUGGUACUGGAUACAUAUUCAGCUUGAGAAAAAAGCUAAAUUUGAUUCCAAAAAAUAGUGCCACAAAUAGAGGUCAUAGAUGUUAACUCUAAAGUAUCACUGUCCUUCGAAUGUCUUUAUCAAUUAUAUAAACGGUGAUCCACACGAGUGCUUAAUGAAAUAUCGGCCUUCAUGGCACAAGGUAAACUCAAAUUGAUUGAAAGGACAAUUUUUUUAACCAAGCAAGUAUACGUAGGUUUUGCCUGUAAGAACUUAAAAAGCGAGCUUGGGUCGAUUACCUUGUAAAUAAAAAUAUUCUUUCUACCUCGUCCGCUAAUUUGAAAUCUGAUUUGAAAAGUAUGAUAGACAAGGAAGGAACGAAGAACAGGAAGGGUCCAGAAAAAUGCCUCGGAAUAGUAAAAGCCCUGUCUCUGGCUGCUUGGUCGACAUACCAAAAUGUGUGAUUCCAUUUCAAGCAACAAUUAUUUAGAAACAUGCACAUAGCACACACGACUCCACCUGGUAAUACAAGCCAAAUAUUACCCUAUUUUGUUUCAGGAAGUCUCAUCUUUUAAAUUUCUUUUCAAUUACAGCCGUUCAACAAGAGAGACAACCAAACUCGACUAGACUCCUUAAGCCUUCACUGGGAGAGGAAUAUGCCAGCAAAAUCAUGAACAGCGAUUUUCUGACGAGUUUGAUUGUGGCGGAACCAUGCCGUGAAGCCGUGCACAGGUUCGCACAUCAAAACCCAGGUAUCCCUUACACCCCGCAACAAGAAAUAACGACCUCACUAUACUCUUCCACACCAGAUGCAAUCUGCGAAUCGGCUGCUCGUCUGCUGUUUAUUUCUGUGAAAUGGGCGAGGAAUAUUCCAUCGUUUGUGAACCUACCUUUCCGAGAUCAGGUGAUUUUGUUAGAGGAAGGAUGGAGGAACUCUUCAUUAUGGGCGCAGUUCAAUGGAAUAUGCCUUUGGAAGUGGCACCGCUACUGGCCGCGGCGGGCAUGCACGUCGACAACACGCCCGCCGAAAAAAUAGUCGCAACCAUGGCUGACAUCCGCAUGCUCCAAGAAAUAAGCGCACGCUUUCGAAGCAUUCAAGUCGGCGAAGCUGAGUUUGCUUGUCUAAAGGCAGUGGUGCUCUUCAAAUCCGGUAAGUCAGAAAUUAAAAGUCGGGAACAAUAAUCAUCGAGUAUAUCUUAAGCUAUGUUCAAACUAUACCGGAUAGAUUUUGCGCAGGCACGAAAACCAUGUAAGAUAGGGUUUCAGUUCACCUGAAGAAUGGUUAUUUCGGCGCCAUUUAAUUUAUGUAACGAAGCGAAUCUACGCUGCACCCGCCUAUCUCUAACGUGGAGAGUCACAUAUCGGUUAGGCGUUCAUAAAAUACCGGAUAGGUUUCGAUAGCCAUCCGAUAUUGUGGUAUAUUGUGAAUAACUUCUACGGUGUAUUUCUUUUCUUUUCUUUUCUCUCUUUUUUUUCUUUUUUUUUUUUUUCAUUUAUGGGCUCUUUUGUAAAUGGUUGCCAUCCGCAGCUUUAGAUUAAAAUAAAAAUCCACCAUCGAGCCAAAAUCAUAGAAAGUCAGCCGUACGAGAUCACAAAUUUAUUUUCAAACUUCAAACUGAACCGGAAUUUACCGCGGAUAAAAAGGGGAUUGAAAACUUACGUUUUCUCCAUGUGCGCUCACUAUUGACAGAAAGUCUUGUGUUAUUGUCAAAGUCGAAUGUAAACCUUCGGUAUUUUUUCUUCAAAAGUCGGCUGCAUCAGCAUUAAUAUGUUUGUAUUUGAAUUAAAUUCCCGCAUAAAGUGUAGAGUUGAACGGAAUUUUGCGACUUUACCACAAAAUGAAUUUAAAGUACGCCGCUGCUUUCAGAAGUUAUCUUUUAGAAUCAUUGUUGAGAUUUUUAAUUUUUUUAGUUAUCGUAAUGUCGGCAAAAUGCUCACAAUUCCCGGCACAGGAAUACUUUUGAAACCAAUUUUAUAGGACUAGCUUAUUUUUUAUUUAUUUAAUUUUUUUUUCGCUAUAGUUUCACGCGUUUUCACUGUUAAAUUGAAUAUUGGAAACUUAUCUCAUAUCUGAUGGGCGUCGUAUAAAAUCGUAAUAGACUAACCAAGUUCGUAAAAGGCAUUAAUCAACUAAAAUUGAAAGUCUUGUAUUUUGAAAGUAAAAUUUAUUCUAGAAGAGAAUAAUCCAUUUGUCGCUCUACAGGCGCACAUGUAAAGGACCUCAGAUAUUAGCGUGUAUUAAUAAGCUCAAGUGUGUUUUUUAGUUCUGCUUUAUUAGCCGGUCGUAUCAAUAACCAUAUCAUAGCUAAAUCAAAGCCGCUUAAUUUUCUGUAAUUUAGUUCCCGCUUUGAGUCCACACUUUCGCUCAUCUAUAAUUAAAAACCAUUUCUCUAUGAUUGAAUUCCUUAAUAAGCUUGUAUGCUUCGGUUAUUGAAAUGUUCCUAAUUAUGGCGAUUCUAAGUUUCUCAUAUUAACUUUAAUCAAAUCUGAAACUUACACUCUUUCAUAUUAAUGAUCUGGCAAAAGAAUCGUCAAACUUGUUAUCUGUGCUUUGUAAUUAUAAAAAGUAAGGGCUUCAAGAAUUUGUUCAAAAUCAUAUACUAGCACUUGCAAUGAGUAUUUUUUUCUCUUGCAAAAUAAAGAAACAAUGGAAGUUUUUGGAAGACGAUGCGAAAACAUAAAGUUUGUUUUAUUUGUCAAAGAGUUUAGAGUUUUGUUAUUCCUCUGUCGGAGUUCGUAGUUUCUUCAAGAAAGUUCAAGUUGACAUUGGUUUGAUCAGUGUGGAGAUAACGAUAAAACGGCCUAAUGGACGAUACCACAAAGAGAUAAAUUGCUUCUAGUUCUAGAGUACUCAAAGAUGGUCAUCACAAACUAUAGCCGAAAAUAAACUGAUGUUGAAAAGCGCUGGUAUGUCUGUUUACGCCAAAACUGUGGAAUUGAAACAACUCUAUUCCAAAAGACAUUUUAAAGCUUCCAAUUUACUAAAGUAUUAUUCGAACUGGAUCUCUGGUUCAUAAAGCAAUUUAUCUGUUUCAUUUAAACAAAUAGACAUAACUACAUUGCACAUCAAACCGAGUCUUGCCUCUUAAAACUUUAAAUUGAUACCUCCCUAUCUCGAAACAAAGCAUGCCUUGAAUUGCUUUAUUCAAUUUAUUGUCUCUGUCCAAAAAGUAUAGAAAAAAAGAAACUUUAUCUACUAGUUCUUCUGAGCUUAAAUGAUGUGAGUUUUUAACGAAAAUUAGGAUAGAAAGCAAGAAGAACAGAGGAGCCAGUCGAGUACCUUCCUUUUUCACAGUAUUUGUAAAAAUAAACGUGUUGGAUUAUUCUACACUGUGGUUUAUGUAACAGGUGUUUUCAAAGUAAAAAAUAAUAUAAUAAAAAUCAUCCUGAAUUAUUCUACCACCCGCCUUGACUCGGAUGUCAAGUUAUACUCAAUAACAUCCAAAUUACAUCAGUUGACAGACCUAACUUCCCGCGUUGGAUACAAAAAAGUCACGAUAAUUAAUAUCUUGCAUUGCAUUCAAAUGCAGAUUCAAGAGGCGACUUUCCACAAUCGAUUCUUCUUUACCACGCGCGUCAAACGCCUUUUUCGUUCGAAUAGGUCUGCCCCAACAGAAAAUUUAUAUUGAUAGACAAGCGUCACUGAAUUAACUAGAUGGUUAAAGUAAAGUUCUGAAAAAAAAAGAGUUUUAAAUCUUUCUUCAUUGUAUCUUUAAAGCAAACAGAUAAGACUGGUGGCAAAGGAAGACGGUUUGGGUAGUUUGUUUGUAGACAUGAAGUCUAUUUUGGGGAAUUUCUUAAAGACAUAAUAAUGAGGAAACCUUUGAAUACAAAAAUGAAUAUCUACGGACUAAAUACUGAAUUAUUUACAAUUUAGCAAACAACCCUAACUGUAAUUUCUCUCAAGCUAGAGUCGACUCACGACAUCCGACUCUUUGAAAAUUCGUAACAGGUUAGAUAACUAUACAUGGUUUUAAACCGCCACAGCCUUGAUAAUUGUUAAUUCGUAGUGAAAGUUAAAAACAUUUGAAACAGAAGCGUAAAAACCCUUAAGCGCAAAACUCUGUUCCAAAGCUGAAGAACCAAUCAAAAUGCACUUCUUUUGAUAUACGCAAUUAAUGAUACAAGAGAACGCCGCAUGAGUGCUUAAGAAAACCUUACAUCACGAUGUAAACAAUGCAACACAUAAGGCAAUCAGUGCAGUUUUACGAGGAUAAAUUCGGCGAUGAAAAUCAGGAAAUCAUUUCCGGAAAUGGCCAGGAUUGACUUCCUCCGCCAGGACGGUGAGUGAAGCCAAAGUCCUUCAAGGUCAUUCCUGAAAAAUAGGGCCAGUGAGAUUUUUGUCAAAAUUCACCGAUUGCUUGUUUAUGCUAUAGAAACUUACAUUGGUAGUUUUUUUUAUUUAUUUAUUUAUUUAUUUUUUGGGGGGAAGGGGGGGCGGGGCGGGGUAUCUAUGGAAAUGAUUCCUAAAAAUACCAAUAUGAUUAUUUCCUACGAUUGCUUCUUUUUCUACACUGGAAAUUAGUCUCUAUUUUGUUCUAUUCUAGGGAAAGUCAGUUACUACUCAAAAGAGAAAAAAAAAGCAUCGUCACCACAUUUCUACAUUUGAGAAAAUGACAAUUUACCUCUCAGGCGAACUCCAGCUUUAAGGCAAAAGCCGCCACGUUUUAAUGUGCGCGUGCCAAUCACGCGUGAAAUUAUAGGCAAUAAGGAUGCGCAAAAAAUUUGAAUAAGAUUAAUCAUGAAAUGUACCUUAACUGGUCUAGAGCAAUUUACUGACGAUAGUUAGUGUGUGCUUUAUAUAGUAGCAUACGUCAACAUUUUAUGCGGCCUUAGUUGUUCUUUUACUUCACUCUUUGCAAAGUAGGCGGAAUGUACGUAACCCACACUGAGCGAGCGGAGAAAAUUAUUUAUAAGAAAAGUCUUUUCACAGUAAACAAUUUGAACACGCACUAAUAUAUAGCGCGCGCACAUGACAAUUCAUUCAUCGGGUACGCUUCUUGUAAGUAGAGACCUGUAUUUUCUACGACGAGGACGUGUACGAGAACGAGAUUUUCUCAAUACUAAGUAGUGCGCGAGGGAAAAAGCGGCCUUUUGGCGAGAAAACGAGAUAGUUUAUCAUAGUUGUGGUCAUUCUACUACGAGAUUUAGCGAGAUUGUCGUAGUGGUGGAAACAAGUUAUCAAAUGUUAGAAGUUCUAUCACUUUCCUAUCUGGAGAGGGCUUAUUAAGCUCGUUCAAAAAAAAAUAACCGUGAUAGCUUUUCUGGUCAAAACAAGUACAAUGAAACUUUUCGGGUUGUCUUUUAAAGUCAAAUCUCGUCUUCAUAGUCGCCCUCUUCCUCGAAUAGUAAGGUCUCUAAUGUCAUUUCUCUGGUUUGAGCCUUAAAAAGGGGAUAAGUUUCCAAUUUAUUUCAUUUCAAUAGUGUCAGUCCUCGAGAACGUACGCGGAACACACCUAUCCACCAAGAAUAAAAACGUUUUGCUGCAGCUUAAUUUAUUUUUUCCUUGAAACUUUUAGAGCUCAGAGGCUUACGGGAUCCUCAGCAAGUAGAAUGCUACCAGGACCAAGCACAAAUCAUGUUGGGGGAUUACAUCAGAAGGCAUUUUCCUGGUCAGCAAGUUCGUUUUGGAAAACUGCUGCUUAUGUUACCAUCUCUGAGAAUGGUGAACCCUAAGACGAUCGAAGAACUGUUUUUUCGUCAGACCAUUGGUAGCGUGGCGAUUGAGAGUCUCCUGUGUGACAUGUUCAAGUCCAGUUGAUGAUCUUAAGUAUUCAGUUCAAAGUCGGCGCACAAAAAGAAACCUAUCCUGGGGAAUGAAAUAGGAACAUACCGGCCCACUGAUGUUUCAACACAGUGUUACAGGAUGUCUUGCCUUCAAGAUUGUGACCUGUGUCCAGAUAUUCUUUGACCCUGUUAACCGGGCGUGACAUUGGCAGCUCGCCGGACUGAUUUGAUUUUCGACUGGUCGACUAAGUAUGUUGGUCCACAAAUAUUCAAACGUGUUAAUGAUAGACAGGGAACUACUCUUCUGGACUUGUAUCAUAGUCAAAUGAUUAUAAGUGUAGGGGCGGUCCACAUUUUGAUCCUCCCGACUAGAUUUUAUAGCAAUAAU